AAGUGUAUUCUAUGUUAUGACAACUGACAUUUUAUUAAAACUAGUAUAACCUCUAUUGAUAUUUUUUUGUUAGUAGUAAAGUGAUUAUAAUUUUUUGUUUUUUUUUUCUUAUCAUGUAAAGAAAAUGAUUAAGAGUCGUAAUAUUUUGUUCUUGUUCAUUAGCGCGAUAUAUUUAUCUAAUUCUAACGCAGAUACUUGUAUUAAUAACGACCCGUGCCUUUGUCAAAUAAAUGAAAACGAUAAAAUAGACAUAUCAGAAAUUUCAAAUGAAAUUAAACCCCCCGAUUACCUUAGUAGCACAAUUAAUAAAGUCACAUAUACUUUCGUCGGAUGUCGUGAUAAUACAUAUAAUAAUGUUUUAGGGAGUUUAAUCAUCACCUCUGAGACUAAUAAUACUAAACUUGUCAGUAAAAGUAUAGGUAAUGCCAGUAAUAUCAAAUUCAGCAAAGAGGAUAGCAAUUACCUUAUAACAUAUAUUAAUGGCAAAGUACAUCCUGUAAUAGUCCUUCUUUGUGAUCAAUAUAAGAUUCCGUUUCUUAAAGUUAUUAAUAAUAGUUCAACAGAUCCGAAACUGCUGUUAUCCUCUCCAACAUUAUGUAUAAAAACCGAACACCAUGGUAUGAGCGGAGGCUCGACAUUUUUAUUAAUUCUAUUCAUCGGUUUGGUUAUUUAUUUCGUUGGUGGAGCUUUAGUGCUUUAUUUCAUUAGGGGAGCGCGCGGAGCUGAGUUGAUACCAAACGUCGAUUUCUGGACAAACUUACCGGGUUUAGUGAAGGAUGGUCUGAUAUUUUUGCUGUCCGGUUGCAAACCGAAUUUCGUUACAACCGCGGAAAGUUACGAUAGGAUUUGAUGUAGAUUUGGUUGUAUGAAUUUGACUGAAAUGAUUGUCGUUAUUGUUGUUUUGUAUAAAGUUGAUUGGAUAAGUGGUUUAUUUUUUAUCUGAAAAGUGCUUCUAGUUUAUUUUUGGCGUUUUAUUACAUAAAAUAUAUUAAUAAUAUGAUCGUUCUUGAUGAAGUUCCACUUUUUUUGGGUUUCUCUUGUAUUUCGUGUCGUUUUUUAUAAAUCUUCCUAUCGACAGAUCGCUGCACAAAUAAACAAACGUUUUACAUAUUUUUGUUUAAAAAUAAUGAUAAAACAGGUGAUUUGAGGAUUUAUUUUUGAAAAUUGAAGCCCAAAAAAAUUUAUUCGUCAACUUAAUAUAUUUGUAUAGUUAAAUCAUAGUCAGUUUUAUCACUUUAUUCUAUUCAUAGAUCUAAUAAAACGUGUUUUAAUUUAUUAAUUAAAUAUUAAUUUAUUUCAAUUUUUUUCUUUAAAAAGAUCUGUAGAAUUGACAAAAAUAUUUUUAUAUUUUGUAAUAUCAAACUGACUUUGAUUGUACUAUAACUUAUAGUCUAUAAGUAUGUGUAAAUUUAAUGUAGAUAAAAAAAACUAAAUGUAUUUGGUAAUUAAUAAAAUUAUUCAAUUA